UCUCCCGCUUGCUUGUUUAGUUCUUUGUCCUGAGGACCUGAGUUACAUUCAUUUUGUUGCCGGCGACUGAGAGAGAACAGAGUAGGAGCAAGGAAGGAGGAGACUAAGGUUAAUUCUCUCACCAGUCGCAGACUCUGAUAAGCAGAUCGCGCGCUCCGCCGCCGUCGCCACCAGCUUCAUGCCUUCUGAGUAAAUCAGCGCCGGAACUUCUGAUUCCGAGGCGUCCGCAGCUGGAGCCGCCGCGCGCAGUGUAGUCUUAUAGUGUAGGGACGGCGGCAUUGGAUGCUGCAGCACAGAUUAAUGUGCAGAAGAGGAAGACGAGGACUAAGGCCGUAUUUACCUUGAAUUUUGAAACUGAGCAAGAUAUCGUACCCAACACGAUGUUACAAUGGAUGGGUGGAUCAAGGCGGAAAGUGACAACAAAGCAUUCGUCUUUUAUGUGGUGUACAUGUGGCAUGUAAUCAUGCUGGGAUGGGAAAAUUGCAGUCAAGAAAGUCAACUGAUAAAAGGCAAAAGCAGUAUUUUGAGCAAAGGAAACGACAGCAGCAGCAGCCAGCUGGUUUAGAGAGUUAUGCUGAUGGAAAGCGCUUGUGCACUCUACAUUCUGAUAAUAAUAGAUCUCUUGAUAUUCUUAGUCUGGUAAAUGCAUCAAUUGUAUCUCAGGAUCACAGGACCAGCUGGAUCAAUGCAAUGGAUAAUUCAGGGGAUGCUGAUUUUACUUUGAACCAUCAAUGUGCACACCCGCCUCCAGCUAUUCUCGCCAGUGGAGGAAUGCCUGUGGAUCAAUCUGAAAUAAAUGAAGAAACAGGUACUCCUUGGAAUUAUGGCACAGAGGCUGAAAAUUCAAAGAAGGUUUCGAUCCAUUUACCUGACCACAAUGAAGUUUUAGUUGGAAAUAACAAGAAAGUUGAUCCUUUCAAGCUGUCCACCACCAAUCAGAUAUCUGUCAUUGAUUUGCUUGGUGAUGGUGGAGGAAACAGUAAUGAAGAAGAAGAUUCAACACAUGCUCGGGAAGCUCAUGUUGCAUUUUCUAUUGAAGAUAUAGGGAAAGUGGGAACUGAAACUCCAGUUCACUCCCCGAAGAUAGCUGGCAGAUCCUUCCCAAAUGGUUUCUCUUCUCCAGAAAAAGGAAGGAGACAAUCCAUCUCGUCCAGACACUUUGAUUAUGGUUUUCAUGACCUGGAGUCCCCAGUGGUUGUUAUGAUGCAGGAUAUUGAUUUUUCACCAUAUGACAAUUCAAAAGAAAAGCCUUCCUGCUCAAGGAGCAUGAGGAACAUAGUUGAAUAUCCAAACCAGACGUUCUUAAAUUUCGGAAAGUCCUCUCCUUUCAACUGCAAUGUUAGUAAAUUGCAGGGUGUUUCUGGCACUGAUGAACUCAUCUACAACAUCCAAGACAGCGGCAGAAACAUUUGGAAUAAUGGUCCUAGCUUCUUUGACGACAGUACUGAUCACCUGGGACAGUAUGAAUCAUUUUGCAAGAACUGGGUUGAUCAAAGAAAUUUUAGUUAUGAUGAUUAUAGCCAUAAUAAAGACCUCUGGAAUCAGGACAGCAAUUUCGAAGCAUGGAAUGUGCAGAAGCAAAGGUCCUGCAUCCAAAGAACCGAAAAUUUCGAUAAGAGAGAGUCACCCUUUCCUUAUCGAAAGCAUCAGAACACAGAGGACCUUCCUGAUGUCAUAAUUUCAGAAACAAUGUGGUAUGCUGCUGUUGAAAUAGAUAAUGGUGUUAAAGAUGCUGUUGACCACUUUGUAACAGAAGAUGCUAGAGACAGCCUGAGUCUGCUGAGUGAAGAAUCAUGCUCUUCCACUGCAGUGAGGGGCGAUGCGGCCAAAAAUUCCUGAAACAGAGCUUCAGAAAGACUCAGUGUAGUAGACUUUAUUUUUCUACCUCUUGCUCAUCAUUGUUAGGUAGGUAAAAUGCCAACAGCUAUCUGCAUUUAUGGUGUUGGCAUUCUUUUCAGGUGUAAGCAGACUUGAAAUUGACUUCUGCGGAAACGGGCUGUGUAAGGUAGAUUUCUCACAUGUUCUUUCAGAACUCUCUUGGUGGCAUUAAACAAUAUUGAGUGACAUGAUGCAAAAAUCAUU